AAGUGUGUAUUCGCAUGGUUCUUUGCAUCAGACUCUGAUGAGUAAGGCGUGUUGAGGAAUGAAUGUUAUCGCCUACAAACGGGAACACUCAUACGGCAGAAUGAGCUGACGCAUUUGAGAUAGAGUUCGUAUCCUAGCGAUAAGUAUAACGUCGAAGAAUUAGCAAAAGUGGUAUUGGUUUCCCUUUCAUAAGUUAGAGAACUUAUUUGUUCCAAACAUAUUUCAUUUUAUCCAGUUUUUAUUAUAAUAUGUUUGUAGUGUUAUUGCUAUUUAUGUAUAUCAAUCUUCUCUUAGCGUACCGGAUGAGCUGAUAGUAUAGCGCAACAAGCCUCUGUACUGCCGUAGCCGGAGCGGCCAAAUCAACAAAAGCAAUAACACAGCUGCUCCAAUACAACCUACCUAGGCGUAUCUAAAGUAUCCCCUUUCAUUAACUACAAUGUGUUCAACAUGUACAGACUUCCAAAAAAAAAUUAUAUCACUCGGGUGUUCAUCAUUUCUGAUACUGCUGGCGAUUGCACUUGGCGUCCUAUGGCCAUCCAUGUCCGAACAGAUGCUGCAUAAUAAACUUGUAAUCAAAAAUGGAUCGACGAACUAUGACAACUGGAUCAGAACACCGAUACCGAUGUACCUGGAAGUUUAUUUCUUUAACUGGACCAAUCCGGAUGCAGUACAGGCGAAUCAAAGCGUAAAGCCACACUUUGUCGAAAUGGGGCCGUAUACCUUUUCCGAGGUUCACGAACGAGUCAAUCUUGUGUGGAACGAUAACGAUACGGUAACCUAUGACCAGCGCCGGACAUGGCAUUUUGUACCGGAACUAUCGAAAGGCACACUGGAUGAUGAGGUUACAAAUUUAAAUAUUAUUACCUUGAAUGCGGCACAUUUUUUGCGUAACUCGUACCCUUUACUGAAACCAUUUAUUGAUAUAUUCCUCAAAACGGAAGGUUCGUUAUUGUGGAAAAACAAACCUGUACGGGAGCUGCUGUUUGAAGGUAUUAAAGAUCCCCUUUUGGAUCUCUUGAAGACACUCAAUACUACGACACUAAACAUACCUUUCGACAAAUUUGGCUGGUUCGUUGGGCGCAACCUAAGCGAUACCUUCGACGGGUCGUUUACAAUGAAAACGGGAGCUGGUGGGUUGGAUGAAAUGGGCUUUCUGACGCAGUGGAACGGUUCGCCAAGGACGGGCAUGUACCGGGGAAAGUGUGGCGAGGUCUACGGUACCUCCGGUGAGCUCUGGCCCGCCAGUACCAAAACUCCCCCGAACAUCACACUCUUCCCAUCGGACAUUUGCCGUUCCAUAACGCUGCAAGGUGUGGAGCAAGUCUCACUGUACAAUGUCCAGGGCAUGAAGUAUGUCGGCGAUGAUCGUGUCUUCGAUAAUGGGGUGAAGUAUCCUGAGGCAGGCUGCUGGUGCAAUGCGGAUCCGGCCAAAUGCCCAGAUUUAAAACCGGGUGUCUUUAAUGCCUCGGCGUGCAAAUACGGUUCCCCAACAUUUGUAUCUUUUCCGCACUUCUAUUUGGCUGAUGAGAGCUACCAAAAUGCAGUAACUGGACUGAAGCCAAAUCAAUCUGAACACGAGUUUUAUAUGGCUAUUGAGCCGAAAACCGGCAUACCAUUGGAUGUGCGUGCCCAGCUGCAAAUCAACGAACACUUACAACCGAUAAGCGGGUUCAGCUUCUAUAAGCAUGUACCGGAUGUGAUGAUACCGAUGUUAUGGUUCCGACAACGUGCCACCCUAACACAAGAGCUUGCGGAACAAGCAAAGUUGGCGCUCGCAUUACCGUCGUUGGGUAUCUACGUGUGCAUCUUCUUUGGUUCCAUUGGCACUAUUAUGACAAUUGUGUUCCUAUUCUGCAGUAUCAAAAAAUGGUCUCAAAGCACCGAGCCAAUUCCGUACGAAGAGCUGCAAAAUUAGAUGGGACUUUCUAACCGCACAUCAAUAUCUUAAAUAAUUGAUAAAGCUAAUAUCCAUCAAAGUGCCUUAACGUUGAUGAACGAAACGGGCAUUCCCAAAGAAAACGGAGGCAAAAAUAGUUUUAAGUUACAUGUAUUACGUGUUUUUCAUUCGCUGCGGAUUAACAAUCUUUUAUCAUCAAGAUAUGAGUUAUUCUGUUUGUUUUUUUUUCAUCAAUUUCUUGCCUUCCCUGUAUCUCAGUGCUUAAGAAAUUCAAGUGCCAAAAGAACGAUCUAUAUAAGAUGAUGUUCCAGGUGUAUAGAGAUUAUAUGUUUCGCAUUCCGUCUGAAUUCGCUUGCUGCAAAUUCUUAGGUUAAAUUCUAUCCAUAAUAGUGACUUUAACACCCAUACCAAACUUGCUCAAUCAUUAUAUAGGCUCGUUUUGUUACCACUAGGAUUUCCUUGAUAAGUAAUUUCGACUGAAAUUAAAUACAAACGUGAUGUAGGGUUUUUCAAUCAGUAGGAAAGAGUUUGUGAAGAACGAGAAAGUAGAAAUUUAAAUUCUAGAAAACCAGAGAUCAAGAUAGAAAUUGUAUUUUAGAGCAAUAAUCUUAAGCGAUAUAUUUUUACUUGGUGAGUGUAUGUUACUUUUCCUGUAUGUUGGAAGCGAAUAAACUGGAUAAUAUGUUUGU